AUGACGAGACAGAUCGCAUCGCCAGCGCGUGCAUUCGUUGGGACAUUGGAGUUUCUCACCACAUCCACAAGUCGCUCACGAUCACUACGGCAUUGUCCAGAAUGUCUUCACUCGUUGCCAGCCCGCAGGAUCCAUACAUCGAGACAACUUCAAUAUGAUUCAUCAAAACCCCGAACACAAUCAGCUGUCGCCGCCGCAGUGUCGCGCGCAAAAGAGCUCAUCAAUGGCCCGCCACCAUCGGGACCUCUGGGCAUCGAUCCUUUACGAAGUGUCGCAAAAGAGAUGUCAUUCAUGACUGGGAACAUCAGACAACUGCUUGGAUCUGGCCAUCCAAUGUUGGACACAGUUUCCAAAUACUACACACAAUCAGAGGGCAAAUACGUGCGACCCACGCUUGUGUUACUCGUGUCACAGGCCACAUCAAUGCUGCCACGCCGACCGCUGUCGUCAACAGAAACAGAAGAUAUCGACAAGCCCAUCACCGCUUCCUCAAUUCUCAACGACUCCAACCCUUCAUAUCCCUCUCCACUGAGCGCGACUAAUGACGACGGCAACCUGCCGAUCGACGGUGCAUCUGUUCUACCAUCUCAGCGGCGUCUUGCGGAGAUCACCGAAUUGAUUCAUACCGCAUCACUGCUGCACGACGAUGUGAUCGACCAUUCGAUCGCGCGACGAGGCAACCCUUCGGCCAAUAUUGCAUUUGGCAACAAAAUGGCUGUGCUGGCUGGGGACUUCCUACUCGGCCGGGCGUCUGUUGCGUUGGCUCGGCUGCGCGAUCCUGAGGUCACGGAGCUGCUGGCAACAGUAAUCGCAAACUUGGUGGAGGGCGAAUUCAUGCAAUUGAAGAACACAGCCCUGGAUGAAAAGAACCCUUCGUUCAGCGACGACACCAUUCCGUACUACCUGCAGAAGACAUACCUGAAGUCAGCGAGCUUGAUCAGCAAAUCUUGCCGCGCUGCUGCUCUGCUUGGGCGACACUCACCGGAGGUGGUGGAGGCUUCUUAUCAAUAUGGCAAGAAUCUCGGAUUGGCGUUUCAAUUAGUGGACGACAUGCUGGACUACACUGUCAGUGGUGUCGAGUUGGGUAAGCCGGCUGGCGCCGAUCUUGAGUUGGGUCUUGCGACCGCGCCUUUGCUCUUCGCAUGGAAGAGCAAUAAGGAGCUGGGAACUCUCGUCGGAAGGAAAUUUGCAGAGCCUGGUGACGUUGAGAAGGCUCGCGAGUUGGUCACGCGCAGUGACGGUAUCGAACAAACAAGAGCUUUGGCGCAAGACUUUGUCGACAAAGCUAUUCGCGCCCUUUCGAUAUUCCCCGACAGUGAUGCAAAGGUUGGGCUAAUAGACAUGUGCUCCAAGAGCUCGAAGCAGGUUGUCGUGCCGCUGGAUACGCCCAUGUCGUCCCAGUAUCGACGUGCCAUGGGGUUGAGAAGGGGGCAUGAUCUGCGCGCGAUUCAAAAUAUGGAUUGCUCUGGUGUCGUCGCCGAGGCAAACAUCCAGACGAGAGUCCAAGUGGACAUUGUCGUAUAUUAUAGAUGGCUAAAGCGCGUUGACAGAAAUCCACCAGAGUUGCGGUCUAGGAUUGAUCCCUCCGUUCGUCUCCGGCGAGCGAUCCUGCUCAACGAUGUCCUACUCGUCCAACGUAUAGUCAAGAACCACCCGAGACUCGUAUCGAACCCAGACUUCGAAGACAAAAGCAAUACCAGUCUCCAUCUGGUCGCAUCCCACGGCUUCACCGAGAUCGCCGCCUGCCUAAUCGAAGCAGGACACGAUAACCACGAGAUCAGCCGCAACGCAGACCACGACACACCCUUGAUGAUGGCAGCCCGUAACGGCCACGUGGACGUGACCCUUCUUCUGAUGAAGUGCUUCCCUCGAAGCAUUCCCUGCACCAACAAGGCCGGCAUGGACGCUCUAUCCCUCGCCGCGAGGACCGUGAACGGCGCAGUCCUGGUCCCGGCCCUGCUCAACGACCCGCACUUCCCUGCCUCACCGCACGGGAAAGAUCAAGACGGCAACACCGCCCUCCACCACGCCUCGGCCGCAGGAUCGCUCAAAGCGCUCCGGGUCCUUGUCAUGGCCGGCGCCGAUCCCCACGCAAAGAACAACUACGAUUGGACGCCGCUGGCAUACAGCCAGACGGUGGCAGCGGAAGUCUACUUCAAAACGCUGAUGGCGGAACUCGAGCGACUGCGCCAGGACGAUGCCAAGCAGAGCGAGGAACGGGAGAGAGCCAAAGCGACGGGUUUACGGAUCGUGGCGGACGACGAUCAAGUCACGCCCAUGGCGGAGAUCGAUAAUGAGGAAGUCCUCAAGGAUGCUCUAGCGCGGCACUGGAGCCCCGUGGAGAAAAAACGACCUAAUACUCCUGGCGGCGGGAGCGCUGCGAGGUAUGAAUGGGGCGCGGCGCUGACGAACAUGCGGACCCGAUCUGGAAGUGGUGAAUAG